AUGAAUAAUAAUUUUUCUUCUAUGAUCGAUCGAUAUAAACAUCAACAGCUCCGAAUUGGAUCAGUUUCUCCUCAACAAAUAAGUGCUUGGGCCACAAAAAUCCUGCCUAAUGGAGAGAUAGUUGGAGAGGUAACAAAACCCUAUACUUUUCAUUACAAAACUAAUAAACCGGAAAAAGAUGGAUUAUUUUGUGAAAGAAUUUUUGGUCCUAUAAAAAGCGGAAUUUGUGCUUGUGGAAAUUAUCGAGUAAUCGGAGAUGAAAAAGAAGACCCAAAAUUUUGUGAACAAUGUGGAGUAGAAUUUGUUGAUUCUCGGAUACGAAGGUAUCAAAUGGGCUAUAUCAAACUCGCAUGCCCAGUAACCCAUGUGUGGUAUUUAAAACGUCUUCCUAGUUAUAUUGCGAAUCUUUUAGAUAAACCUCUUAAAGAAUUAGAAGGCCUAGUAUACUGCGAUUUUUCUUUUGCUAGGCCCAUAACUAAAAAGCCCACUUUCUUACGAUUACGAGGUUUAUUCGAAUAUGAAAUCCAAUCUUGGAAAUACAGCAUCCCACUUUUUUUUACUACCCAGGGUUUCGAUACAUUUCGCAAUCGAGAAAUCUCUACUGGUGCAGGUGCUAUCCGAGAACAAUUAGCCGAUCUAGAUUUACGAAUUAUUAUAGAGAAUUCGUUGGUGGAAUGGGAAGAAUUGGGGGAAGAAGGGCACACAGGGAAUGAAUGGGAAGAUCGAAAGGUUGGAAGAAGAAAGGACUUUUUGGUUAGACGCGUGGAAUUGGCUAAGCAUUUUAUUCGAAUAAAUAUAGAGCCAGAAUGGAUGGUUUUGUGUCUAUUACCAGUUCUUCCUCCUGAGUUGAGACCGAUCAUUCAGCUAGAUGGGGGUAAACUAAUGAGCUCAGAUAUUAAUGAACUCUAUAGAAGAGUUAUCUAUCGGAACAAUACCCUUACCGAUCUAUUAACAACAAGUAGAUCUACGCCAGGAGAAUUAGUAAUGUGUCAGGAGAAAUUAGUACAAGAAGCCGUGGAUACACUUCUUGAUAAUGGAAUCCGGGGACAACCAAUGAGGGACGGUCAUAAUAAAGUUUACAAGUUAUUUUCUGAUGUAAUUGAAGCCAAAGAGGGAAGAUUUUGUGAGACUCUACUUGGCAAACGAGUUGAUUAUUCAGGACGUUCUGUCAUUGUCGUGGGUCCUUCACUUUCAUUACAUCGAUGUGGAUUGCCUCGUGAAAUAGCAAUAGAACUUUUUCGUACAUUUGUAAUUCGUGGUUUAAUUAGACAACAUCUUGCUUCGAACAUAGGAGUUGCUAAGAGUAAAAUUCAAGAAAAAGAGCCGAUUGUAUGGGAAAUCCUUCAAGAAGUUAUGUUGGGACAUCCUGUAUUGCUGAAUAAAGAACCCACUCUGCAUAGAUUAGGCAUACAGGCAUUCUAGCCCGUUUUAGUGGAGGGGCGUGCUAUUUGUUUAGAUCCAUUAGUUUGCAAGGGAUUCAAUGCCGAUUUUGAUGGAGAUCAAAUGGCUGUUCAUGUACCUUUAUCCUUGGAGGCUCAAGUAGAGGCCCGUUUACUUAUGUUUUCUUAUAUGAAUCUUUUGUCUUCGGCUAUUGGGGAUCCCAUUUCCAUACCAACGCAAGAUAUGCUUAUUGGAAUCUAUGUAUUAAUGAGCGGAAAUCAUCGAGGUAUUUGUGUAAAUAGAUAUAAUCCAUGUAAUCGCAGAAACUAUCAAAAUAAAAAAAAUGUGACAAUAGUUACUAUAAGUAUACGAAAGAACCCUUUUUUUCGAAUUCCUAUGAUGCAAUUGGGGCUUAUCGGCAAAAACGAAUCAAUUUAGAUAGUCCUUUGUGGCUCCGGUGGCGACUAGAUCAACGCAUUAUUGCUUCAAGAGAAACUCCCAUCGAAGUUCACUAUGAAUCUUUAGGUACUUUUUAUGAGAUUUGUGGACACUAUCUAAUAGUAAGAAGUCUAAAAAAACAAAUCCUUUUUAUAUACAUUCGAACCACUGUUGGUCAUAUUGCUCUUUAUCGAGAAAUCGAAUAAGCUAUACAGGGUUUUUUUUGAGACUAUUCAUAUGGUACCUAACAUAAUUCUAUGAUACCGUGGGACUUCGGGGCUCUUCAGUUCAGCUAGGUACAUAGUUCCGGAAUUUAUUCGCGAAUCAAGAUCGAUAAAAGGAAGUUUACAAUUACCGACUCAAACCCAUUGUCGAAUCCUACUCAGCGGAAUAUGGAGGUACUUAUGGUAGAACGGGCCAAUCUGGUCUUUCACAAUAAAGCGAUAGACGAAACUGCCAUGAAACGACUUAUUAGUAGAUUAAUAGAGCACUUCGGAAUGGUAUAUACAUCACAUAUCCUGGAUCAAGUAAAAACUCUGGGGUUCAAAAAAGCUAUGGCUAUAUCCAUUUCAUUAGGAGUUGAUGACCUUUUAACAAUACCUUCUAAGGGAUGGCUCGUUCAAGAUGCUGAACAACAAAGUUUGAUUUUGGAAAAACACCAUCAUUAUGGGAAUGUACACGCGGUAGAAAAAUUACAUCAAUCCAUUGAAAUAUGGUAUGCUACAAGUGAAUAUUUGCGACAAGAAAUGAAUCUGAAUUUUAGGAUGACUGACCCUUUUAAUCCAGUUCAUAUAAUGUCUUUCUCGGGAGCUAGAGGAAAUGCAUCUCAGGUACAUAAAUUAGUAGGUAUAAAAGGAUUAAUGUCGGAUCCUCAAGGACAAAUGAUUGAUUUACCUAUUCAAAGCAAUUUGUGCAAAGGACUCUCUUUAACAGAAUACAUCAUUUCUUGCUACGGAACCCGUAAAGGAGUUGUGGAUACUGCUGUACGAACAUCAGACGCUGGAUAUCUCACUCGCAGAAUUGUUGAAGUAGUUCAACACAUUGUUGUCCGUCGAACGGAUUGUGGCACCACCCGGGGUAUUUCUGUGAGUCCUCGAAUGGGAUGAUGUCGGAAAGGAUUUUUAGUCAAACAUUAAUUGGUCGUGUAUUAGCAGAUGAUAUAUACAUGGGUUCGCAAUGUAUUGCCACUAGAAAUCAAGACAUUGGCAUUGGACUUGUAAAUCGAUUCAUAACCUUUCGGGCAUAACCAAUCUCUAUUCGAACUCCCUUUACUUGUAGGAGUACAUCUUGGAUUUGUCGAUUAUGUUAUGGCUGGAGUCCUACUCAUGGCGACCUAGUUGAGUUGGGGGAAGCUGUAGGUAUUAUUGCAGGUCAAUCGAUUGGAGAACCGGGUACUCAAUUAACAUUAAGAACUUUUCAUACCGGAGGAGUAUUCACGGGGGGUACUGCAGAACAUGUGCGAGCCCCAUCUAAUGGAAAAA